AUUCAUUAUUCAUACCAUUAUUAAUGUAUGCUUUUUUUCCGGCGGCGCGUGAGAUUUUAAUUCGUUUUCCGGGGUUCUAACGAGUAAUUUAUUCAUGUGUGGGCGCGUGACGCGUGGCCAAUUUAGAAAUGGCGCGAAAAGAGCUCUCGGAGCGGAGCGUCUUCGUGCAGCUCCAGCAAUAACCAAAAUAUGCGCAUUUAGUGAGGCGUGCGACACCUCGCACAGGAGUGACGGUUAGACGAGCGAGCAGGCGAACUGGUGGUUACUGCACUUCUGGGUUUCUCUGCAUGCUCAAGCAGGUGCGGAGAAGCCGGAGCGCUUGGAGCACGCUGCGCCGCGCCAGGAACAAUGGGAUCUGACCGGCAUACUGAUACAGUGCUCGCGCUGCGUCUCCACGACCUGAGCACCGGCGGCCCCGGGAGCAGCUCUGGCGCACUCUCUCCUCUCCUCUCCUCCGCUGCGCUCUUCUUUAGAUAAGCUUGCCUUUUUCUUUUUUUUUCUUUUUUUUUUUUUUUUGCAUAUUUAUGCUGGUCACGUCGUCGUGCGUGCAUCGCUGCGUGCUUGAGAUUGCGGGAUCGCUUCGGAGCAAGUUGGACGGCGCGAGCGCCCUGUCUGUGCGCGAUGUGGAGGGCUGGAGAGCGCUGGCGUCCGGCGCUGCUGUGUCUGCCCGUGCUGAUGGCCGUGACACUCGGCCGCACUCCGAUCUCACACAGGGUUAACGAGCCCAGCAACAUGUCGUACGUCAAAGUCACCGUGGACAAACUGCUUAAAGGCUACGACAUUCGGCUUAGGCCCGAUUUUGGAGGUCCUCCGGUUGAUGUCGGGAUGAGUAUUGACAUCUCCAGUAUCGACAUGGUGUCUGAGGUGAACAUGGACUACACCAUCACCAUGUAUUUCCAGCAAUCAUGGCGUGAUAAACGCCUGUCCUACACGGGGAUUCCUCUGAACUUGACACUGGAUAACCGAGUGGCUGAUCAACUCUGGGUGCCUGACACUUACUUCAUAAAUGACAAGAAAUCUUUCGUUCAUGGUGUCACCGUCAAGAACCGCAUGAUUCGGCUGCAUCCAGAUGGAACUGUGCUCUAUGGCCUCAGGAUAACUACAACAGCAGCCUGUAUGAUGGACCUGCGGAGGUACCCCCUGGAUGAACAGAACUGCACCCUGGAGAUUGAGAGCUAUGGGUAUACUACAGAUGACAUUGAGUUUUAUUGGCAGGAGGGAAGUUCGGUGACUGGAGUAGACAACAUUGAGUUGCCGCAGUUCUCCAUCAUUGACUAUAAAACUUUAUCUAAGAAGGUGGUGUUUGCAACAGGGUCAUACCCUCGUCUGUCCCUGAGCUUUAAGCUGAAGAGAAACAUUGGAUAUUUUAUCCUGCAAACCUACAUGCCCUCAAACUUGAUCACCAUCCUGUCCUGGGUCUCCUUCUGGAUUAACUAUGAUGCUUCUGCAGCACGGGUAGCUCUAGGAAUCACUACUGUACUGACCAUGACCACCAUCAACACCCAUCUACGAGAGACGCUACCCAAGAUCCCCUAUGUAAAAGCCAUAGAUAUAUAUCUAAUGGGCUGCUUUGUCUUCGUGUUCUUGGCCCUGCUUGAGUAUGCAUUUGUUAACUACAUUUUCUUCGGCCGAGGUCCUCACCUACAGAAGAAAGUGGCAGAAAAAGCAGCUAAGAGCAACAACGAGAAGAGUAGACUUGAGAGCAACAAAAUCCAGGUGGAUGCCCAUGGAAACAUUCCCCUUACCAAUCUUGACCUGCGCCUCACUGGGGCUGAGAUGCUCGGUGGUCUUGGUGACCCUCGGAAUACCAUGUUCUCUUAUGACAGUGCCAGCAUCCAAUACCGCAAGCCCCUCACAGGCUGUGACCUUUAUGGCCGGCCGACUGCUUCCCUUGAACGGCCAAUCAAGCACAAGAAGAGUCGCUUGAGGAAGCGGGCCUCUCAGCUUAAGGUGAAAAUUCCAGACCUGACAGAUGUGAAUGCCAUCGACAAGUGGUCUCGUGUCAUCUUUCCCAUCACCUACACUUUCUUCAACCUAGUCUACUGGCUUUACUACGUCCACUAGGGGACAGCAGUGCACUCAGCUUAGCUUUCACUUAUCAGAUCUGGUCAGGCUUUCUCAACCUAGGGGUUAUUUAAACUGCAAUUUAAUCUGAUAUCCUGCCAUAUAUAAGCUAUACAGUCAUCUAGAAAAUGUAAUAACUGUUAGUUCCUGAUUAGAUCUUUCUAUUCAUCACCCCUACUUCAUGUGAGAAUGGACUACAGGGGUAUGAUGGUGCUGCAUCUAAAUGUGCAAGAAUGCACUAUAGCCCAGAGUUAGUACUAACACUACAGCUCCAACUGUAGGCAGCAUGUAAAGGUCAGACGCUAUGGCUUGAGCCAAUAAACAAUGUUAAUUCUCAGAAUAUGUACCAGCCUUUUAAAUAUUUGCACUGUUUUGGGACAGAGUUCAUUCUAGACGUAAAGGACACUGCAGCUUUGGGGUUUUUUGAGAGUCUGCCCAUGUGCACAUUUGCUAAACACACUCUUGGUGCACUAAACUAAAUACUUGCGUAUUAGAUAGUCCUUAGAGUAGCCACACUUAGCUCUUGUACAUAAUGUGUUACAACAUGAUGAUAAAUUAGCUGAAAAUACAGCAAACAGGGAUAUAUUCAAAGGAACAUAAGUUGAAUCUUUUCACAAAACCUGUGUGAAAGUCUAUUUCUUUAAUUAAGAAUUCAGGUAUUUAAAAAAAGUCACCAUAACUUCUUGUACUGACAAACAAUACCAAGCGUCAUCGUAUACUCUUUACAGGGCACGGCAGCCUUACCUUGUGUCAGCUUAUAAAGCUGAGGGAAGAGACACUGAAAGAAAUUGUUCAUAAAUGCAUGUUUUGACUUAAAUCCCCUGCCUCACACUGGGUAACUACUGGGUACAUACUAAACCACCACAAGCUCUGAGUGAAUUCUGCCUCUGCUUGAAAGGUGUUUUUGUAGCAGUGGCCAGUGAUUUAUUGGUUUCUUUACAACCCUGUCAUUCAAGUGUCAGCCCUUGUCAAUUAUAUUUAGCUUUAAACAUACUCACUGUGACUUGGGUGGUACCCAGGAUCACCUCAAAAACAAAAGAGAAAGGCCAAAAUGCAGACAGGAUCUAACCAACCUGCUGUUAUUUCUUCAGGCUGAAUUUGUGCCUUUGAAACAAAAUUGUGAUAUUUUACAGGGUCAAGCAGAAAGCAAGAGUGAAAACCUGCAGCGAAUUACCUUUUCUAGAGAACAAAAUUAACUCAAGGUUUCCAUAAUGACAAGGUUAGUUAGGCUUUUAAGAUGUUCUAUAUUAACAUUAUAGAUAUUGCAUAGGCAUGCUAGUAGCUAAUAGAAGAACAUUCCAGUAUAUCAGUGACAAUCUAUGACUUGGAGAGGAGUAUCCAUGUAAUUAAUUCUCAGUGAGAUAACUGUACUUCUGCUCUUUAGUCAGUAAGAGGGGCCUCUCAAUUAUUGAAACAUGAUCCAGAACAGACAGACACACAUAAGCAUGUCUGUACACUUACAGAUUUAACACUACAUACGCAAAACAUACACAUAGGACUUAAGUAAAAACUACUUGAUGACUCGGGAUCACAGCAGAGGCCAAAAAUAAAAAAAAAAAAUAAAAAAAAUUACAUAAAGCUAAUGCUGGUCUCAUUUAAAACAACAUUUAAAGCUGUUUAUAUAGCAUAGUUGUGAACUGAAUUCAUGCUUUUUAUCUUUGUGCACCCAUGCCGAUGGGGAUGUGCGCUAAAGGAACGUAUGUGAGACCAAUGAGUGUGUGUAUGUGUGCGUAUUAUGAACACAAGCACAGCUGUUCUUAAAAAUCCUCUUAAACCAUGAGAAACCUUGAAGGAUUCAAAUAAAAUAUUUCAUCAAACCA